AUGUCGACAACAGAACUAAAUAAAUCACACUAUUUAAGAUAUUUGUAUCUGUUGACAAACUCAGAAGUGGAUUUAAAAGCACUGGCAAAAUAUCUAACACUCUACAAAACAGAUGAAGUAGCAAUAUUUGAGAUACUAAAUUACGUAUAUAAUAAAUCUGGAUCUCAUCACCAAUUAGUGUUAUUUUAUCUUUGUUUUGAAGUAAUAAAACUAACAGACGGUUUAAUAUUAAAAGAUAGAAUGAAAGAAUUCAUUUCAAAUAACUACUUAAACUCUAAAACACAAGCUAAUGAUGCCAAAGUAUUAAAAAGAUUUAAUGAUUUUGAAAAAAUAUUAAGACAAAAGGAAAUCGUUAAAUAA